CUACAAGGACAGGAUAUUUCUUUAUUUUUCUUCGUUCUUUCUUUUUCCUUCUUUUUUUUGUCUUUUGGCUGUGUAUAUCCGUUGUGUCUUUACAACAUCGCGCUGUUGCAGAGGCCGGGUGUAAUUGGUAUCUUCAUGAUAUUAAUAUAUUUCUGAUAUUAAAAAAAAGUUCACGAGCAAGGAGAGUAUAUAUACCGGGGGAGCGGGACUGCGGGAGGCAACCACCAUCGAAUCAAAGCAGGCUCCAAUAUUGAUCCAGACAUGUACCGUUGUGUUGUGCUCUUUCUGAUCGUGGUGGCCGUCGGCACUCCGGCUGUGAGCUUUUGGCUCCCGGGCACCCCGAUGCCAGAGGCCAUCGCAGACCUUGUGCGGAAAGGCAUCGACGAUGCGCCUCGAGUGGAGCGCUACCCUGCAUUCCCCAGCAUCAGUUUGUGCGGUGCUUGGACCGGCAUGUGCACGGCGAGCUUGGCGGCACCGACGGGCAUCUUCUUCUACGAGGCACAGCUGCGUCCGGGCAGCACCAUGACUAUGUCCUUCCCUGCAGAAGCUGAGCCACCCAUCCUCCCACACGACCUCGCCGAGAAGGUCCCCUUCGCAAACCUAAGCGCCGUCCUCACCACCUUCAACAUCCCAACAGGCUCCGCCGAGGCAUCCCACGUGGCGAAAACACUGAGCCUGUGCCAGUCGCUGCCGCACGCCGGCGAGGUUAGGGUCUGCACCACGUCGCUGGAGAGCACCGUGCGGAGCGCCAUGAACAUGCUAAUUGGCCGCUCCACCGGUGGUGACCAUGGUAUGUGGACGGCCACGUCGGUGCUCCCGGCCGGCGGCGGCCUGCCACGUCAGCUGUACGAGGUCCAGGCGGUCACCAAGCUCCAUGGUGACUACUUCGUCGGCUGCCACAAGAUGCCAUUCCCCUACCGGGUCUACCAGUGUCACAUGACGGCCGGGCUCACGGACAAGGGCUACGUGGUCUCGCUCCGAGGACUCGUCGGCGGGAGCCCGACAGCCAAGUUGUUAGCAUUCUGCCACUUUGACACGUCCAGGUGGAGCCCGGCUCAUCCGUCGUUCCAGGUGCUAGGUACACACCCUGGAACGCCGGUGUGCCACUUCAUGCCGUACGCCAAUCCGGUGUUUGGCAUUGGCAAGAAGGCGACCAAACCGUAGUAGGCUGCUACGACGUACGUACCAACAAUCUAUGCCAUUCCCGUCUAGUACCACGGCCAAUAAUUAGCAGCGUGCAGGGAGCGCGAGGUUCAUACGAAGGCUCUUUUCCUCUUGUCUGAAUCUAAAGUGUUGUGGCCUAGCACGCGCAAGACAUUUUGUAUCGAGUUUACGUUUGUGAACGUGUUUGAAUAAAUUGUUAUAUACUGUGGGACUGUGCCCCCAAAUGUACAUGGGCGUCGUCAGCCGUCAGUUCAGCUU